AUGGAAUUAUUUCGAUUUGCAAUUAUUACGCUAGUAUUUUUGAUACAUAAAUGCUACUGUGAGAAUUAUGAUAAAGAAAAUUUAAAAAAACUGACGGAGUAUAGGCAACAACACCGUAAAACGGUGGAUGGCAGACUAUGUGCCGCUGCAUUUGUACAAGAUGACAACACAUAUACUGAUUGUACAAAAUCAACAGACCCUAAUGGAUUGACAGGAAGAGAAUGGUGCUAUGUAGAAGUUCAAUUAAUAGGAAAGGGUAAUAGGGAUUGGGAUUAUUGCAAAGGUGUAAUAAAUUAUGAUAUUGUUAGGUCAAAAGCCCGAACCUUUUUUCAAGCUAAAUCAAAUGAGCUAAAUAAUGCUGUAAACCAAUUAGAUAUGGAAUAUAAAAAAUUAGGAGGUAUAUAUGAAAAAUAUGAAGAAAAUUGUGGGGCUACUUCUGAAUUAAUAAAGAAAAGAAUAGAAGAAAUUAAUGAUAUAGCUAAAGCGUCAAGUAGAAACAUCAAUAAGCUAUUAUUACAAGCAUCAUCUAUCAAUGAUAUGGAAACAAAAUUAUAUGAAUUAGAUGAUGAAGUUGAAACAAAUAGAAAAGCAUUUUUAAAUAAUAAAAAAAAUUGUUCUAUAUUAAAAGGAUAUGCAAUUGAAGAUAAGGCAGAUGGUUUAACAGGGAGCUAUUAUGACAAUGCGUAUUUUUCAGGAUACCCAUUAUCAAUAAAUAAUGAUAAAUAUAUAAAUUUUAUAUGGAAUAGUGGGGUACCUAUUGAAAUGAUACCUUAUCAGCAUUUUUCUGUUCGAUGGGAUGGAUAUAUAAAAGUACCUCAAACAGAUAAUUAUAUUAUAAGUAUUGAACAUGAUUGUGGGGUUAGAAUAUUUUUAGACAAUUCUCCUAUAAUUGUCAGUAAUAUGCCAAAUCCUAAAGAAGAAGAAUCUGAAGAAACAAAACCAAUAUAUAUUUUACCAAUUAAUAAAAUAAAUUCAAAUGUUCAAAAAAUUAGCUCAGAAAAAUUAGGAUUAGUUGGAGGUAAAAAAUAUAAAUUUAGAAUAGAAUAUUUUCAUUUAAGUACUAUAAAACACGAAAAUCCAGAUACUGCUCACAUAAUAUUAUAUUGGAAAUCAGAUAAGUUAAUUGAUGAAGAAAUUAUUCCAUCCCAUUUUUUCUUUAAAAGUAAUACAACUAUACCCCUUAGAAUUAAAGAAUUAGGUGGUGACGAUUACGAAAUAUUUUAUCUCGAAAAUGGGGUAGAUGCAUUUAUCAAUUCUUCGAAUUAUAUUAUAUCCGAUAUACCUACUAUAUAUGAAAAAUCGAAAGCUAUACGUAGUUUGGACAAUUUUAAUAAAAAUUUUAUUAAAUUUAAAAUCAAUGCAUACAGUAAAGUUUAUAUAGCUAUAAAUAAAGAUGAAAGUAAUAAUGUUCCAAUAAAUGAAAUAACAAAAAAGAGUUUCACAAAUACUAAGGAAGUGAUGUCCAUAUAUCAUAUACAGGGAGAUAGAAUAAUGAAUGCAAUUGGCAAAAACGCAAAUACAUCGGAACAAAAGACGUAUAAUAUUUAUUCUUCUGAAUAUUAUGAAGGAGAAGUAAUAAUCAAAUUAAGCAUACCAACACAUUUUAUUAUAUUUAUCGUACAAAAUGAAUUUCGAUCAGACAACAGCUGUAUAGGAAACGAAGAACCUAUUUCUUUAGUAAAUUCUCCAUAUUUUAAUUCCUGUUAUGCAUCUUCUUAUGAAUCUGAAAAAUAUGAUUGUCAAUCAGGAUUUAGUGGAAAUAAUAAAAAUGAAGAAUAUUCAACAUGGAAAACUGCUGUUAAUAAGUCGCUAGGUCAAUAUGUAACUAUAAAUUUUAAUUAUGAUAUAGAUAUACAUUCAUUUACUUUUAAAACAUUAUCUUCUUUAGAAAAUAAUAUUACAGAGUUAUCAUUAUACUUUGCAAAUAAUACAAAUCCUGAAAUAUUUUCUAUAUCACCAGGACACCAUAAAUAUAAACUUAAUUUUCCUAUAAAAGCCAAAUCUGUAAAAGUUGUUAUAUCUAAAGUAAAAGAUUCAAAACAACAAACUGGUGGAAACAUUACUUUCUAUGGUAUACCAUGUGGGGGUUAUAAAAAUAAGGAAAAGAAUAUUGAUAUAAAACAAAAUGAAUAUGAAAUUAAUAUAUAUUUUAGAAGUAAAAAUAUUAGUGUGGCAUCGAAGCCGCUAACUUGGAUGGCAGAUAAUGGAUUGAUAAAACAAACCCAUGGUUAUUUUAAUUACGGUUGGGAAAAGGUACCUACACCUAUAGAAUUAGAACAAUUGAAUAAACAAAAUUCAUCUCAUGGUGGUAUAUCAUUUUAUCCAUUAGAAUGUAAAAAAGAAAAUAGCUUAACUACUAGCGAUAAUAAUAAUUGUGAUACUUCCAAUACAUGGUCUAUUGAUUUAUUACAUGAAGGUACUUAUUAUGUCACAAUCGAAAUUGGUUCUCCAUCAGGAAAACAAAAUUUAAAUUAUAUUAAAGUUAAUGGUGAAGUUUUUAUAAAUAAUAUGUUUUUAAAACCAAAGCAAUAUACAAAGGUUAGUGCAAAUGUUGAUAUAAAAAAAGAUAAAACUUUACAAGUUUCUACAAAUACAAACACGGUUAUACAAUCUAUACAAAUUAUAUAUCUCCACAAUUAA